AUGGCUAUCAAAUUGAUUGAUUUGGCAAGAACUUUCUUGCCACUUUUACCUGAAGUGGAAGUUCCAUUUGAAAAGAUUACUUUUGAUGACAAGGUUGUUUACACAAUCUUCUCUGCAUUGAUAUACCUAUUUGCCCAAUUCCCUCUUGUAGGUCUACCAAAGGAAACAGCUCCAGGCACUCAAGUUAAUGACCCACUUUACUUCUUGCGUGGUGUCUUCGCAGCUGAACCAAAAACCCUACUUGAGUUUGGUAUUUUCCCAAAUGUUGCUAGUGCCCUCAUCUUACAACUACUAGCUGGCCUUAAGGUUAUUAAGGUUAACUUCAAGAACCAAAAAGAUAGAGAAUUAUUUCAAACUUUGAUCAAGUUGUUUGCCUUGUUCCAAUACUUCAUCUUGGCCAACAUCUUCAUUUACUCUGGCUACUAUGGUCAAAACCUUUCUAUUGUUCAAGUUGGUUUGAUUAACUUGCAACUAUGUGGUGCUGGCUUGGUCACUACUUUGAUCAGUGAGGUUGUUGAUAAAGGCUUCGGUUUCUCUUCCGGUAUGAUGGUUAUUAACACCGUCUCUAUUGCCACUAACUUGGUAUCUGACACUUUAGGAAUUUCUCAAAUUUCUGUUGAUGAAGACAACAACACUGAGCCACAAGGUUCUUUGAUCAACUUGAUUCAAAGUUUCAGAGCUAAGCACAGAUCUUUGCUUGAAGGUAUCAUCUCUGCUUUCAACAGAGACUACUUGCCAAACCUUACAACUACCGUUAUUGUUUUGGGUAUUGCUGCAGUUAUUUGCUACCUACAAAGUGUUCGUAUGGAACUGGCUAUCAGAUCCACUAGAGCUCGUGGUAUGAGCAACAUCUACCCAAUCCGUCUCCUAUAUGUAGGCUGUCUGUCUGUCCUAUUUUCUUACGUCAUCUUAUUCUACAUCCACAUUGGUGCAUUUACUUUAAUCCAAUUGAUUGCCAAGAACAAUAUCGAAAACCCAAUCUGCAAAGUCUUGGGUCACUAUGACAUGGUUAACAACUUGUUGGCAGUACCAUCCUUCCCUCUGUCUUUGUUGACUCCACCAAGAUCAUUAUUGAGCAGUAUCACUGAGCAACCUCUAACUUUGAUUACAUACACAAUAUUUAUGGUUGCCACUGGUGUCUACUUUGCUGAUAAGUGGCAAGAAAUCUCUGGAUCUUCUGCUCGUGAUGUCGCUGCUGAAUUCAAGGAACAAGGUAUCACUUUGAAUGGUCGCAGAGAACAAAGUGUCGCUAAAGAAUUGAACAAGGUUAUUCCAGUUGCUGCCAAGACUGGUGCUGCCAUUCUAGCUGCUAUCACUGUCUGCGGUGAAUUACUCGGUUUGAAGGGUAAAGCUGCUGGUAUUGUUGUUGGUGUUGCUGGGGGUUUCUCUUUACUAGAAUUAAUCACCUUGGACUACCAACAAAGUGGUGGUCAGAGUGCUUUGACUCAAGUUCUAGGUGCUCCAAUGGGUAUGUAA